UGGAGACCAUGGGCCAGUGCGUGGCGCGCUGCGGCCGCGGCUCGCACCACCACCACCACCAGGGCCACCACCACCACGGCCACCACCAGGGCCACCACCACCAGGGCCACCAGCACCACGCCAACGGCGCGGCCCACAGCGGCGGCGGCAACGGAGCCGCCAAGCCGGGCCGCGGGCCGACGCUCCGCGGCGGAGGCCACUGCCGCCCCGACGCGACCGCCGUGAACUCGGAGGAGGCGCAGAACGGGGCGGGGCCCGUCCGUGCCGCCACCGCCGCCACCGCCACCGCCGCGGGGCCCAAGCGGCGCACCAGCUGGCUGGGGGACGUGGUGGGGGGCGUCGUGGGGGGCAGCUGCGUGGGGGCCGGCUGCCCGCUGGGGAACGCCGGAGAGCACGGAUACGGGGGCGGUGGAGGUGGCGGGGUCCAAGAGCGCCGCGUGGAGGAGCUGUUCCGGCGCUACCGCGACGAGCGCGACGAUGCGGUGCUGGAGGAGGGCGUGCAGAGGCUGUGCCACGACCUGGGCUCCGAGCCCGCCGACUUCACCGCCCUGGCGCUCGCGUGGAAGUUCAACGCCUGCACCGACUGCCAGUUUACGAGAGCCGAGUUUUUUUCUGGCUGCCGCUCCAUGCGUGCCGACAGCCUCCGCUCGCUGCGCUCCCGGCUGCCCGACCUCUUCUCCGACCUCCGGCACGAGGACUCCUUCCGCGACUUCUACCGCUACGCCUUCCACCUGGGUCUCGCGGCCGCCGACGCCGACGCGGCCGCCGCCGCCGACGCCGCGGCGGCCGCGUCGUCGGCGGCCGCGUCCUCGGCGGACCCCGGCCGGCGGCGGCGCUGCGUGCCGCUGGGGGCGGCGGCGGAGCUGUGGCGGCGCGUCUACGCUCGCGACGGCCCCCCGCUGCUCGGCCUGUGGCUGCUCUUCCUGGGCGAGAACCCGGGGGGCGUGCGCGGAGUGUCGCGCGACACCUGGCUCAUGUUCCCCAGCUUCGCGCACGCCGCGGGGCCCGACCUGGCCGGCUACGCCGAGGACGAGGCCUGGCCCAGCCUCUUCGACGCGUUCGCCGAGUGGGCGCGGGGACGCGACGGGCGGGACCGGCCACGCGGCGCCGAGGGGGGCGACGGAGGAGACGGAGGCGACGACGGGGCGGGGGAGGGGAGGGACGCGGAGGAGGAGGAGGGCGGCGCCAGGAGGGAGAAGAGGGGUGGCCGCUCUUGCCGUCCGCGGGGCGGGGAGGAGGCGAGGGGGGGGGCGACGCCGUGGGCCUGCGUGGAGAGACGCAGCGCCGCCGGGGAAGCGGCCGCCCACGACGGAUGAGGCUCGGCGCCGGCGGCGUCCUGUACCGGAUACGAUGCGGACGCCUCGAGCGAUGGUCGGCGACGACGACGACGACUGUGUGAACGCCGAGAAGUGAAGAGCAAACAGAGAGCGAAAGAGGGGGCCAAUUGGUGAGGCGGUGGAGGCGCCGUUGGCCGUAGGGUUACGGCGAGUGCGAGCCGGUUGUUGGCUUGUGCCUGGUUAGAGGUAGGGCCGGUACUCGGGAUGCACUGGCUAGUUGGGGAUAUUACGAGUGGCAGGUUGGCUCGUUAUGUUUAGAGUGAUCUGGUGUGGUGGGGUGUAGGGCUCAGUACGAGUAAUUUACCCGCUCAUUGGUUAUCAGCGUGUGAAGUUGUGCAAUAUUUAAAUGCGAUCGAAAAGACGCUGUUUCACAGAGAGAGAGGCGGUCAGUCGCAGGCAGAGGGACAGAAAAAACAAUGGAAAGGCUUUCGGCCUAGGCUUGAGCAGGGGGGGCCAAAGGGAUUUCAAGAGGAGGAGGAGGCAAAGCCUCGUGACGUCGGCCAUCACGAGUGCGCACGUGGCCGGAGGGAGUCCCAGACCUCGGGGGCCAGCAGCGGAGAAGGAGCUCACUCCAGAGCCAAAGUGGGAAACGGCAGGAGGGGGCAGAACAGCUUUUGGCUCGUCGCCUGGGAGGCUGGAGACUCAAUGUCAGGGUUGAGUCGGAGAGGUUUGUUCAGUGCACUGUCCUCCACAAACCCUUUGACCCCUUUCCACCCCAUUACGAGGGACCCCCCCCCACCCCCCGCUACUCCCCCUUCAAGUUUCCGGUGUUCACAGCUUCCCCACGUCCUGCCGGACGGGUGAGUGUCAUGGUUGACGGAGCGAGGCUCUUUGGAAGAGACGCCGUUACCGGAAACAUGACCACGUGGUUUUGACGCCCAAAUCGCCCUCGCCGAUGUGAUGCGCUGCACGCGGGUGACACCGAUUCGUCGGCAUGGUGGCGAAAGCACCUAAGCGAUCGCACCGGCCGCCCGUUAGCAUCCAGUGUGAGAAAUGCGUUGCCGUGGUGUGACGUGUCGCUGUGAUUGGACCAUCGAAGGAUCGCCAAGGCGACGUGUCGCUGUGAUUGGACCAUCGAAGGAUCGCCAAGGCGACGUGUCGCUGUGAUUGGACCAUCGAAGGAUCGCCAUGGUGACGUGUCGCUGUGAUUGGACCAUCGAAGGAUCGCCAAGGCGACGUGUCGCUGUGAUUGGACGAGCAAAGUAUCACCAAGGCGACGUGUCGCUGUGAUUGGACCAUCGAAGGAUCGCCAAGGCGACGUGUCGCUGUGAUUGGACCAUCGAAGGAUCGCCAAGGUGAUGUGUCGCUGUGAUUGGACGAGCAAAGUAUCACCAAGGCGACGUGUCGCUGUGAUUGGACCAUCGAAGUAUCACCAAGGCGACGUGUCGCUGUGAUUGGACCAUCGAAGGAUCGCCAAGGUGACGUGUCGCUGUGAUUGGACGAGCAAAGUAUCACCAAGGCGACGUGUCGCUGUGAUUGGACCAUCGAAGGAUCGCCAAGGCGACGUGUCGCUGUGAUUGGACCAUCGAAGUAUCACCAUGGCGACGUGUCGCUGUGAUUGGACCAUCGAAGGAUCGCCAAGGUGACGUGUCGCUGUGAUUGGACCAUCGAAGUAUCACCAAGGCGACGUGUCGCUGUGAUUGGACCAUCGAAGGAUCGCCAAGGUGACGUGUCGCUGUGAUUGGACCAUCGAAGUAUCGCCAAGGCGACGUGUCGCUGUGAUUGGACCAUCGAAGGAUCGCCAAGGUGACGUGUCGCUGUGAUUGGACGAGCAAAGUAUCACCAUGGUGAUGUGUCGCUGUGAUUGGACGAGCAAAGUAUCACCAAGGCGACGUGUCGCUGUGAUUGGACCAUCGAAGUAUCACCAUGGCGACGUGUCGCUGGGAUUGGAUUUUGUUAUCGAAGGAAGGCGACGGGCAUCUCCUCGAUUUCGAGGAACGUUCGUUUCGGUUUCCCACGACACGCCGCGCGGACAGCAAGUUGCGGAAACUCUGCGGACGCUUUUUGAUUUGACAAACAAGAGCGACCUUGUCAUUGACAAAGAGCUUCUCAGCUCUUCAGAUUCCUCCUGCCGUGCAUCCCGAACGCCUCCACGCCGUCGCCGCCUCGCCAGUCACUCCAACGUGCUGCCGACGUGUUGGUCACAGCGCCGGGCCUACGACCAGAACGCGACCGCCCGCUCCCCGCGAGAUCACUGGGGCCAUCCCGGCGCUGACUGGCGUGGCGGAGUGCGGAGUGCGUCCUGCGUGACUGGUGCGGGGCGUGGGGGGAGCGCCUCGUCCAGCGGUUGGGAUGGGCGGGCGGUUGAUCGCGGCCGCCUCUGCCGACGGCGAUUCCGCCGACGUCGCCGUCGAUUCGGCGCGAGAGAAUUCCUAACGACGCCUUCGAAGGAAAUCAGUCACUGCCGUCGCCGCCGCCUCCGCCGCUGGAGCAGGAGGCGGCGGCGUGAGUAAUCAGACGUCGCAACUCCGAAAAAAUACCAAAUGCAGGAAUUGCGUCACGUCGCAUGGCUCGGUGCCUCUGAAAGCACGAGGUACCACUCGCCGCGAACCAGUUGACCGCUGGAACGUUACCCUGUAACGUUACCCUGUAACGGACUAACUCCCCCUGUAACGUUACCCCCCCUCCUCCACCCGCUCCGGCCGGCAGUGGCUCCGUGGCCGGCACGCCGGUGCCCGUCAGCACCGCUUCGGCAGCGGCCCCCACCGCCUGGUGACCCCCACCACCUGGUGACCACCUGGUGACCCGCACCGCCUGGUGGCUCGCACCGCCUGGUGGCCACCUGGUGACCCGCACCGCCUGGUGGCUCGCACCGCCUGGUGACCACCUGGUGACCCGCACCGCCUGGUGGCACGCAUCUUCGUGCGCGUGGGGAGGGGGUGGUGGGCAUCUGAUAAACAAUCAUCGUGGGACGAAGCCCUCAGCCAAAAAAACACAGAACACACAGCCACACACACACACAGCCACACACACACACAGCACACACACAGCACACACACACAGCACACACACAGCACACACAGCACGCACACAGCACACACACAGCACGCACACAGCACACACACAGCACACACAGCACACACAGCACGCACACAGUACGCACACAGCACACACACACACACAGUACGCACACGGCAUGCACACAGCACGCACACAGUACACACACCGUACGCACACACACACACAAAAAGCACUUUAGGUGGAGCGUCUGUGGAGUAGAAACCGAUCAAACUGCUCACUCUAAUCAAAGGACUGCGAAAAUAUAAACUUUGGAAGAUUUUACAAGCUGUAUACACACACACAAAAAGCUACAAUAUGCUAUUUAUGUGUUAAUUGCGUUCAAGAAGAUGAAUGUUAUUGCUGCGAAUGAAAGUGGUGCCAGUUACAUUAUUUUGAGUUGACUCUACGCGCUGCAAGAGAAGAUGGACGAUGAAGAA